UCCUCACCAGGUCCACUCAAGCGAGACGUAGUUGAAAUAGAUCUCGUGGUGGCGAUGUAAUAAUAAUAUAGCCUUGCAACUUAACAAGCGAGGUCUAGAAAAAGUUCCUUCAGGUGGAGGCGGCUUUUCAUCUCCCGAGGAGCCCAGACCCCGCAAUUACCGGCUCGAUGUCACGAGCAUGAACCACGCUGGUCGGCAUGGAGUAUGUCACGCGCGGGGUAUGUGGACAGGAAGGAUGUCGUGAGACACGGUAUUACCUUGAUAAUGGCCUCUGGUUUUGUCUGCGUGGUCACCAGCAAGAGGGACGACAAGUCGAGGAGGAUCCUGAAGACUUCGGGACACAGGGUAAAAUAAACAGAAUAAAGAAAGCAGCGGCAGAGAAGACUCAAAAGACCUAUCGUGGUCGACGCGCUUUUACUCUGUUCCUGCAGAUUUACCAGUUAAUCCUAUGGAAGCAAUGUUUUGCUCUCGUGCAGCAGAAGGGUUUCCCUUCCGAAUUCGAGACGGUGGUUAAAGAUCUUUGGGCUCUUCGACUGGAAAGGCUCUCUGAAAAGAUCGAAACUGCUUCUGAUGCAGAGCUUGAUGCGCAAAUUUUCAGCUCUCAGGCCAUCGCAGCCGAGGAUGACGAGGAUGGGCCUCGAAUGCGUUGGGGCAAGGUUACAGACAACCCAACUCUAGCUGAAACACUUGGGUUAUGUUACCUAGGAGCCUUGCUGCUUAGAUUACCAGUUGGUAUUUCGGAUCUCCACAGAUUCGCCAUGCGACAGGAGAUUCCCUUUAUCAGGGCUGUCCGGGAAGUUCCUCGUGAAAUGAGAGACCGUCUUCCUCAGGAAUACAUUGGUGCAUUAGAUACGAGGCGCCUUCUACAAGCAGAGCACUUACAUAGACUCGUGCUUGAGUUGGCACUUCUCUACAACAAGAGAUUCGGUGUCACCUUUCCUCCACUGAAUUCGCCGCUUAUCCUGUUCAACCACGUUAAACAACUCUCGCUUCCCAUUGAGAUUUAUCCUGCAGUGAAUCAGUUACAGAAACUUACAGGUUUCACGUUUCAGUUUCCAGCCAGUGUUAAGGAUAAAGCUACAUAUCUCCUGAUGCCAGAAGUGCAGUUAAUGUCUUUAAUUGUUGUUUCAACCAAACUUCUUUUCCCGUUCGAUGAUGUUGAACGAUAUCCGGAAUCAACAAAAGAACCAGGAUCUCAAAGGAUGAACUGGAAAGUUUGGGCAGAAGCUCAGAAACAGUUCGAGUCUCGAACAACGGAAGGUGGAAGAAUUGGAAAAGGCAAUGAGAUUCUGGUCAACGAGACGGACGUUUUUGAUAUGACAACACUCCAGCUUGAUGAGUAUAUGGAUUGGUAUGAGAAGAGCUGGCUCGAUGUGAGAACCUCGCAUCCACUAGCGGAUAUGUUUCCCGCUGGCCGAACCGGUAUCGAAGACGAGCCACAGCCUAUCUCGAUGACGGAUGAUCAAGAUCCGUUGCAAAAGAAACUAGACACGGUCAUGGGGGCUUUGAAACCGAGGAAAGCCCUUAGCAAAGAAGAGAUCGAAGGUCGCGAAGACGACAUCAUUCGCCCUGGUGAAUUAUAUCAGCGGUACAGAUCCGAAGGUGAUCUUCCAGAAACAGCAAGGGCCUUCUACGAAGCUGCCUCCAAGAUCGUAGGGCUGUCUUUGCAUAGACUCGUCAGAACAGUCUUCGAGACAGAAAGAAGACUUGACCAAUGGUUGGAUAGCAAGAGGAGAAUGGAAUACCAUGGAGAAUAUCCUGAGACCGAUGCUGGCACUAGUGUGUUUGGUCUAGGUGAGGAAGAUGAAGAUAUGAGUGAUCUGGAAUAUUUGGAUGAGCGGGAGUUCUCUGCACCAGAAGAUGAUGGGAUUUGAUCUGUACUAGGCAUUGCAUGGAUUCUUUUAUCUUAUCGUCAUCAGACAAUACUACAAUUAACAGGAUUGGUAAGAAUACGAGGAUAGCAAAUACGUCUAGAAAGAGAUGGAAUUUAUGUGUAACGUAGAAAGUAUUCUGUACGUCUCUCUAUAGUUGCCAUCACCUUGGCACUAGCGUCAAUUCAAUGCAAUGCAUAAAUGCGGA